GCUUUCUCCGAGGACGCUCGAUUCUUGCCCCGUUGCAUUCUGGUGUCGUCCCCGCUCUUCUGUCGGGAUCCACCGCUAACGUGAAACUGUGUUUCAAAUCAACAGUUCCGUUGUUGCGUCCCGGUCGUCGAUGUGGUUCUAGUGGUGAGGACCCAGAGUUUCUUCAGACAUGUCUGUGAGGGAGUCUUUUAAUCCUGAAAGCUACGAGCUGGACAAGAACUUCAGGCUCACACGCUUUGCUGAGCUCAAGGGCACAGGCUGCAAGGUUCCCCAAGAUGUGUUACAAAAGCUUCUAGAAACCUUACAAGAAAACCACUAUCAAGAAGAUGAACAGUUCCUGGGGGCAGUUAUGCCUCGAUUAGGCAUAGGUAUGGACACUUGUGUGAUCCCCCUCAGACAUGGAGGCCUUUCUCUGGUCCAGACAACAGAUUACAUCUAUCCCAUUGUGGAUGACCCCUACAUGAUGGGAAGAAUUGCUUGUGCCAAUGUUCUAAGUGACCUGUACGCAAUGGGAGUAACAGAGUGUGACAACAUGUUGAUGCUCCUGGGAGUCAGCAACAAAAUGUCAGAGAAAGAGAGAGACAAAGUCAUGCCACUGAUCAUCCAGGGAUUCAAGGAUGCGUCAGAGGAGGCGGGCACAUCUGUAACAGGGGGACAGACGGUGCUCAACCCCUGGGUAGUGAUGGGAGGAGUUGCUACGACAGUCUGCCAGCCCAAUGAGUUUAUUAUGCCUGACAAUGCAGUGCCAGGAGAUGUGUUGGUGUUGACCAAACCACUCGGAACGCAAGUGGCUGUUGCAGUACACCAGUGGUUAGAUAUUCCUGAGAAGUGGAAUAAGAUAAAGCUAGUGGUAACCCAGGAAGACGUAGAGCUGGCCUAUCACGAAGCUAUGAUGAACAUGGCCCGACUCAACAGGACAGCGGCCGGUCUCAUGCACACCUUCAACGCUCACGCAGCCACAGACAUCACGGGGUUUGGCAUCCUCGGCCACGCUCAGACGUUGGCACGACAGCAGAGAAGUGAAGUGUCGUUUGUCAUCCACAACCUCCCAGUGCUUGCCAAGAUGGCUGCCGUGUCCAAGGCCUGUGGGAACAUGUUUGGACUCAUGCACGGCACCUGCCCCGAAACCUCAGGAGGCCUGCUCAUCUGUUUGCCUCGGGAGCAGGCAGCUCGCUUCUGCGCCGAGAUCAAAUCCCCCAAAUACGGGGAGGGCCACCAAGCGUGGAUCAUCGGGAUUGUAGAGAAAGGAAACCGCACUGCUCGCAUCAUUGACAAACCGCGAAUCAUAGAGGUGGCACCGCAGGCCGCCACGCAGAAUGUCAACCCCACACCUGGUGCAACUUCUUAAGCGUCCUCCACAGCGUCGUAGAUCGGAACACGGAAGCUCUGCUGACAACAAAAAAACAAAAAACAUCCUAGAGUGUUGACAUGUACACACAGAUAGUAUGUAUACAGGAAAGACUGGGUUGGCGUGUGUCAACAUGAAAACAGCCCCACACAGUGGCCUAGGAGACACGUUACAACCCAGUGGACUCGACCUGCAGUGUCCCCAUCAUUAAAAAUUGGUAAGAAGUACUGAAAAUACAUUUGCCUUUUGUGUCUGUUGUGUUUCGUUACGUUAUAUGUGCUUGACCGGCAGGCAGCUUCUGAUAAGAGGAUGAUGAUGAUGAUGAUGAUGAUUCACCUUGAAUCUUAUAAAGUCUGGAGUCUGUUGCCUCUCUCGGCUCUUUUAAACCCGUUCUCAUCAAACAAGCGAACUGUGUUUGGUGUUUUCGUUUGUUGUCCAUUCACUUUGUACAGUUAUAAAGCCUAGUUUUAGUUCAUUGCUGUAACUGAUGCCUUGAAAGAGUGUGACCAGAAUGGCUUGUUUUUUUAUUACGUUGACUUUUUGUAUUGUCCCCACAUAAACUAAUAAAUAGGCUAUUCAAAUAGAAGAUGGUUUGUUCUCACUACUUUGCAGCUGCACUCUUGAAUGAACUGAAUCAAACUGGACAUGGAGGUUGUUUUUACACAUGGAGAAGUAACAUUGCUUCGCUUGAGCAUGUCAUGGUUUAGUCAUAGAUGAAAAUAACUCCUCUUAACCCUCAGGAGAUGAACCUAGUAUCAUCUACAUCCCCAGUCCGUCGUCAUAUAUCAAACAAUGACAUAUGAGUUGCAUUCAAAUAUUUCAAAAUUGCUUUGAAAAAUAUAAGAAAUCUAGGUUGUUAUUCAACAAGAAUCUGUGAACUCGUUUUCUUGACACGUUUAUUUUUUAAUGUAACUAGAAGAUGCACUGACUUACAGUAACAAAGCUCCCAGCUGUUUUUUUUUUUUUUUCAUCCUAAUAGCUGUAAUGGAUCUGGAAGCUCUCUGUUGAUAGGGAAGGUAUAAUCUCCAUUCCACCAACCCGCCUUACAAUAAACUUCUCUGAUGAUA